AGAAGAAAAAGAAGGCGACAGUGAGAGUCUCGAUGAGCAGCCGUCGGUCGUUUCGUCAUAUCUCUCACUCACAGAGGAGGAGGAGGGAUGCACCUGCAGGAGACCAGUGUCGAGGCAAAGCCCAGGUGAAAGAGGAGGAGAAACCUACAGAGCAGGAGCAGGGAAGCGCACCCAGGGGCACCUGCCAGACCAUGUGUCCUUCUCAUGAGCUGCAGCUACGAGAGACACAGAACCGCCUGCACCGCUUUGAGAUGUUAGCAGGUACAGAGACAGAUCGGAGGCCUAAGGCAGAUGUACUGCGUACUGUCAAGGAAUAUUCCAGACCAGCAGCAGGGAAGAACUCUGCAAGCCCAACUGAUCUGCGUCCACCUACUGUGUUGAUGAAAACUGUGUGUUAUCUUGUUGAUGACAUCGCAGCUUCUCCUAAUCUGCACCCUUGGACUGAGGUGUACAGCUUUGUUUUUGAUAGGCUGCGUGCUGUGAAGCAGGAUAUGAUCAUCCAGCGGGUGUCCGGGAAGGCCUGCAUUGCUGUCUUGGAGUGGACUGUGCGUUUUCUCACCUAUGCCUCUUUUCGACUUUGUGGUGAGCCCCUACAUCUCUAUGAUCCCUGCAUCAAUGACGCACACCUGCAGGAGAGCCUGAGCUGGCUGUUGGACUGCUACGCUACUGGAACUGGACCGCAUUCCAAUGAGGAAGAACUCCAAGCUCUUGGUCUACUGUACAACUUAGGUUCUCUUCGUGCCACUCAGCAUGUCAUGGAGCUCCCUGAGCGGCUCCGCAGCCGUCCUGCCAUCACACUUGCACUGUCCAUCAACCGGGCUUUCCUGGAGCGAAAUCUUGUACGUCUGCUCCGCUUGUCUCGGAAGUUGGACUUCCUGCAGAGCUGUGCCCUUCACCGGCACCUCAUGGAAAUUCAUCGAGAUCUGCUGCUCAUCUACAGCCACGGUUACAGCAGCCGUAACUGCCGCUUCCCUCUCAGCAGACUGGCUCAGCUCUUGGACUUGAACUUAAUGCUAACAGCUCAGCUUUGUAGAUCUUAUGGUGUAGAAGUUAACCAGGACAACCAAGUGCUCUUUUCUAAGAUGUCUUUCACUGAGCCUGAACGUGGGAAGGUGCUUUGUGCACUGUGUCAUGGCAUUGUGGCAGAAAAACAAAGGGACAUUUCCCUUAAGGCAUUAAUUCAUGGCAAUAUUACUGAUACAGAGGUAGUCAAAUAAUUUAAGCAAUUGUGAUGGACACUGAAAUUGUUUGUGUGCUGUUUUGUUCAUACAGAGGCCACAUUUUAAACCAAUGUUAAUUAGCAUUAUGAUCUCCUUGAACCUGGUGGCAGACAGACCUGCUCUCUGGCUCUCCAUGUCUAGUGUUUGGAUGAUCACUGAUUUUUCUUGCACUUUCAGGAGCCACUUUGAUUCCAGAUGUUUGUGAUUGGUGAUUUGAGUGAUUGAUGCACCAGGGGUUUGAUUAAGG